AUGGAGUCGGAAACUGUUUUAAGAGGCAAAUUAAUUGUCUUUGAAGGGAUCGAUAGAUCUGGAAAAUCAACGCAGAUUAAUUUACUAUCGCAAAAAUUGUCAGAGGAAAAUAUUAAAAAUGAAGUAUUAUCCUUUCCAUAUAAAACAACUCCUACUGGAAAACUCUUGAGGGAGUAUCUAAGAAAUAGAGACGAGUCAAUACCAAAACAGGCACUCCAUCUCCUAUUUUCAGCAAAUAGAUGGGAAGUCAUGAAUAGAAUCAUCAAGUUGUUAAAGUCAGGCACACAUGUAAUAACUGAUAGAUAUGCGUUCUCAGGAAUAGCAUAUUCUGUUGGCGCAGAGGUUCGUUUAUUAUUUUAUCAAGUAUUUCCACAGGGACUUGAUUUCAAUUGGUGUUUGAUACCUGAUACUGGAAUAGUAGAACCUGAUGUAGUUUUUUACAUGGAUCUGGCUCCUGAAUGUUCUUCCGCAAGAGGAAAUUUCGGAUCAGAAAUCUAUGAGAAUCUCGAACACAUGGAAAAUGUGUAUGAGGUUUUCAAAAGAUUCGGAAACCUUUCAUAUUGGAAUAUCAUAAAGGCACAUGAUGACCAAAAGCAAAUUCAUCAUAAAAUCUAUUCAAUUGCAAAAAAGUGUCAAUUUUUUUAA